GCUGGAAGAUCGAGGAGGACCCUGCGCUACAGCUUUUCCUCUGCACGGACGCGCGGAUAAAGUGCGCACCGCGGAUGAAGAUGGUCGCGCCGCUGCCGGUGCUCGUCCUUUGCACCCUGAGCGUCCUCGGCGGAGCUUCAGCCGCCUCUCACCACAACUGCAAUGCUCCUUUGGUGUCUGCGUUGCCCCACUCGUCAUUACGGAGCUCAUCUCAGUCGUCGGCCAGUCACGCCGCCUUCCACGCCAAGCUGAACAGGCGAGACGGAGCAGGAGGCUGGUCACCCAUGGUGACGGACCACAAUCCCUGGCUCCAGGUGGACCUCCGGGAGCAGAUGGAGGUGACGGCUUUGGCCACGCAGGGACGGUACGACAGCUGGGACUGGGUCAGCAGUUACCUGCUGCUCUUCAGUGACACCGGUCGCAUCUGGAAGCAGUACAGACACGAGGACGGCGUGGAAAGAUUUGCUGGGAACGUCAAUUCAGAGUCCGUGGUCCAAAACAAGUUGUCCCAUCCGCUGAGGACGCGGUUCCUGCGCUUCGUCCCCGUGGACUGGAACCCCAGCGGUUGGAUGGGCCUGAGAGUGGAGGUGUUUGGAUGCUCCUACAAGUCGUUCGUGGCUGAUUUUGACGGCAGAAGUUCGCUGCUGUAUCGGUUCAACCAGAAGUCCAUGUCAACCACGAAGGAUGUGAUUUCCCUGCGCUUCAAGAGCCAUCAGGCCGAAGGCGUUUUACUGCACGGAGAGGGCCAGAGAGGAGAUUACAUCACCCUGGAGCUGCACCGCGGACGGCUGGACCUCUACCUCAACCUGGACGACAGCCGGCCGAGGUUCGGAAGCCGGCGCGUGGUCGCCACGGCGGGCAGCUUGCUGGACGACCAGCACUGGCACUCGGUUCACAUCGAGCGCUUCAACAAGCAGGUCAACCUCACCGUGGACGCCCACACGCAGCACUUCCAGACCAAAGGAGAGGGACACUCCCUGGAGGUGGACUACGAGCUGAGUUUUGGCGGCAUCCCGCUGCCGGGUAAGCCAGGCACCUUUGCGAGGAAGAACUUCCACGGCUGCAUGGAGAACCUCUACUACAACGGCAUCAACAUCGUAGACCUGGCGAAGAGACGCAAGCCGCAGAUACACAGCGUGGGCAACGUGACCUUCUCGUGCUCGCAGCCCCAGCUGGUGGCCUGCACCUUUCUGAGCUCCAGCAGCAGCUUCCUGACUCUGCCGUCAGCUGUGUCCACCACGGGGGAACUCGCCGUUGGCUUCCAGUUCAGGACCUGGAACCAGGACGGGCUUCUGUUUACCGUGCAGCUCGACCCGAGUCCACAGAAACUGGACCUGCAGAUCAGCAACAGCUGGCUGCAUCUCAGCCUCCACAGCGCCGGCCGACAGAGAACAGAAGUCUCUGCUGGGCGCACGGUGAACGAUGGGAUGUGGCACUCGGUGAGCGUCACCAGCCGGGAUCUUCAGAUCCUCCUGACUCUGGACGGCGAAGCCUCCUCCAACAUCGAGCUGUGGGAACACGUGGAAUCGAGAGGCAGCUUCCACUUCGGAGGCUGUCCUCCCAUGGAGUGUCGGGUCCAGACGCCGGCAUUUCAGGGCUGCAUGCAGCUCAUUUCCAUCAACAACCAGCCAGUGAAUCUGAGUCUUGUGCAGCAAGGAUUGCUGGGAAGUUAUAAUGAGCUUCAGUUUGACGCGUGCAACAUGAAAGACAGAUGCCUGCCCAACCUGUGUGAACACAGCGCCGCCUGCACCCAGACGUGGAGCUCCUUCACCUGCGACUGCUCGGGAACGGGAUACUCCGGAGCCACCUGUCACAACUCCAUUUACGAGCCGUCCUGCGAGGCCUACAAGCUGAGUGGCAGCUCCUCCGGCUUCUACUUCAUUGAUCCAGAUGGGAGUGGGCCCCUGGGGCCCACGCAGGUGUACUGCAACAUGACAGAGAAGAAGGUGUGGACAGUGCUGCCCCACAACAGCACGGCUCCGGUCAAAGUCCAGAGCUCCUCUCCUCAGAAACCUCACAUCAUGAAGUUCGACUACAACGCAUCCAGCAAACAGCUCCGGGCCAUCGUGUCUGGCUCGGAGCAGUGUCAGCAGGAGGUGGUCUACAACUGCAGGAAGUCGCGUCUCUUUAAUACAAAGGAUGGCAGCCCACUGUCAUGGUGGCUGGACCGCGAAGGAGAGAGGAGGAGUUACUGGGGAGGAUCCCUGCCUGGAGUGCAGCAGUGCUCCUGCAGCCUGGAGGACAGCUGCAUGGACAUGAACCACUUCUGCAACUGUGAUGCUGAUUUAGACACAUGGGCAAAUGACUCGGGAAUCCUCUCAUAUAAAGACCACCUACCCCUGAGCGAGAUAGUGAUUGGAGACACCAACAGGACGGGCUCGCAGGCCGUCUACUACAUCGGCCCACUGCGUUGUUAUGGAGACAGGUCGACGUGGAACGCUGCCUCCUUCUACCAGGAGUCGUCGUACCUGUACUUCCCCACGCUGCAGGCAGAGCUGGCCUCGGAUAUCUCCUUUUACUUUAAGACCAGCGCCCCAUCGGGAGUAUUUUUGGAAAACCAGGGCCUCAAGGACUUCAUCCGAGUGGAGCUCAGCUCUCCCUCAGUGGUGACAUUCUCCUUUGAUGUGGGAAACGGUCCGGCUGUCCUCUCCGUCAAGUCCCACCUCCCCCUGAAUGACAGGCAGUGGCACUACGUGAGGGCAGAGCGCAACGUGAAGGAGGCAUCCCUGCAGGUGGACCAGCUGCCCCUACGCUUCCUGGAGGCUCCGGCCGAAGGAUAUCUCCGCCUACGGCUCAGCAGCCAGCUGUUUGUCGGAGGAACAGCGUCGCAGCAGAGAGGCUUCCUGGGUUGCAUCAGGUCUCUAAUGGUGAACGGCGUGAGCUUCGACCUGGAGGACAGGGCCAAGAUGACGCCGGGGGUGAGCUCCGGCUGUCCGGGCUACUGCAGCGGCUCCACCAGCCUGUGCCACAACCGAGGGCGGUGCAUUGAGAAGAACAACGGCUACGUGUGCGACUGCUCGCAGUCCGCCUAUGGAGGGACCACCUGCAACCAAGAGGUGUCGGUAUCCUUUGACAGAGAGUCCUCAGUGACCUACACCUUCCAGGAGCCCUUCUCAGUGAUGCAGAACCGGAGCGUGAAGGCCUCCAGCGUCUCCACGGACAGCAGGGCCAGAGAGGAUGUCGCCUUCAGCUUCGUCACCUCCCAGAGGCCGGCCAUGUUGCUGACCGUCAGCACCUUCAGCCAGCAGUACAUAGCCAUCAUUCUCGCCAGGAAUGGGAGUCUGCAGAUCUGGUAUCACCUUCAGACGGACAGGAGUCCAGAUGUGUUCAGUCCUGCUCUCAACAACCUGGCGGACGGGCGUCUCCAUCGAAUCAGAAUCCACCGGGUGGGCAAGAACCUCUACGUGCAGAUCGACCAGGACAUCCACAGAAAGUACACGCUGUCAUCGGAUGCAGAGCUGAUCUUAAUCAGGUCCUUGACGUUGGGCAAAGUCAUCAGGAUAGAUAAUCUGGGCGAGGAGGUGAAGAAAGCCGCUUCUAAAGGCUUCAUCGGCUGCCUCUCCUCCGUCCAGUUCAACCACGUCGCUCCGCUGAAGGCGGCGCUGACCAAUCGUGGAAGCUCGCUGGUCACCAUCCGCGGCCCGCUGGUCCAGUCCAACUGUGGCGCUUUGGCUGAGUCCACGUCGCACACUCUGCAAGAUCAAGCUGCGAACGAAGAUAAGGAGCAGCGCAGCGGCAGCACCCAGAAGGAUUUGGCUGUAAUAGCAGGUGUGGUCACGGCGGUGGUCUUCAUCGCCGUGUGUGUCCUGGCCGUGAUCAGCCGCCUCCUCUACCAGCAUCGGCGUGCCCAGAGAAGCAGCGCCGGCGCCAUGAAGGAGGAGCACACACACAGCACAUACACGGACUACAGGACUGAGCUGCAUCUCCACAACUCCAUCAGGGAAAGCGUGAAGGAGUACUACAUCUGAAAGCCGGCGUGCAGCCUGUGCCACCAACUUACCUCUCUCCUGUAACUGACUGGCAGGUGGACGCGGUGGUGCAGGAUCUCCACGUCGGUGCCCUGAAGACGAUUCAGGAACACUCCAGACUCUUUUAACGUUCCUCUACGAGCUAGUGGCUGAAUCUUUGCAGCUGUUAGUGUAUUCGGUGUUGGUGAAAUUGUCAGAAUCAAGCUGCUGUGGUUUCUGUCAUUGCAAAAUGUGUAGGCUAAAGCAUAAAGACGGAGGUCCUGCAGGGGUGGACAGAAGGACGGGAGCGCGGGAAGCGACGCUUCCGUCCAUCCUAAACACACACAACUGGCACUGUUUUGUUUGAAACUGUCAAAAGCUGAACAUCUUCCCGCUCCGGUGGGACUCACGAAGGCGUCUGUGCAGCUCGGCAGAUGUAGGUCAGGCCUGUAAGAUAAGUGCACAUUCGCUUUUGUAUUUGUCUUUCCAGUGGUGGUGAAUGUUACCGAAGACACAGGGACGAUGCUGCCCGUACUGUACCAGUGCCUAAUUAGCAUAUGCAUUUCUCUCUCUUUUUAUUUGAACAUUUCCGAGGUUAUUUAUGUGGUAUGCAACAAAGCACCCGCAUCUAAGUGAACAGGAGCCGGUUGUGUCGCUCUUCUAGUCAGGCUCGGCAUCUGAUCCGAAGGUUAGAGGAGACGGUUCCCGUCGCACGGCUGUUUAAAACUUCAGCAUGUGAGGCUGAAAAAGGUCCCGACGCUGGAAGCGCAGGAAGAGACGGGGCCUCAUUUAUCAAACACAGCGGGAUCUGAACAUCUGAGCAGAAACAGAGAGAACAAGCUCUGCUCUGCGGGAUGCUGCUUCAACCGAAACUCAAGGAAAAACCUUCCUGAAAGGAAAAUAAAUCCUGACACCAGUACACAAGCUCACGGGCCAAAGACCUGUCAGGGUGGAUUAGGUUGGUGUACAAAAUAAUUAGACAGAUGAAUUACUGCAGUUCAGUAAAUGAAUGUUUUCUUUGGGAAGACACUGCUUACAUUAACUUUACAUCAUUUACAACCACGGUUCCAUAAAAAAGUUGGGAUGCUGUAUAAAGGUGUAAAAAAACAUUCAAGAAUGCAGUGAUUUUUUCUUUUUAAACCUCAUAACCCAUAUUUUAUUUACAGUAGAUUUUAGAAAAUAUAUCAAAUGUUGAAAACAAAGGAAAGGUAUCAUGUCAAGGGGUCAUUUUAAACUUGAAAACAGGUUUAAACUUGACAGCUCAUGUCUCUGAAAAAGCAGCGUCCUCCGUUCUUUUGACAGCAGUCCAACAACCGAGGAGACGGAGCCGGGUGUUGUUCUUUUCAUACCUGAUGCAGGGUUGGAGCUUUGCAGCAGUCCUGGGUCUUCUCGCUGUCGUUUUCUUUCCAUGAUGCUCCAAAUGUCUUCUCCUGCUUUAAGGUCCGGACUGCUGGCAGGUCAGUUGAGCGCCAGGACCCUUCACCGACGCAGGACGUGGUUAAGCAUCGACUUGACUGGGUGUCGGGGUGGGAUCAGGUGUUCAAAGGAACCUCCCCGCGUUGAUAUUGCAGCACAAAAGAAAGCAGUAAUUUGCAAAUCUCAUGUUUUUAUUCCCAAUAAGCAUAAAAAACAUCAGAUGUUGAAACUGAGACAUUUUGCCUUUUCAUGGAAAAUAUCAGCUCCUUUGAAGUAAAUGGCAGCAAAACGUCUCGAAAACGUUCCCCUCUGCAUUUAAAACCUGCCUGUAAAGAUCCCGGGGGGGGGCGGUUGCUGCACUGCAAAAACUCAUUCCUCAGUAAGAAAGAAAAACUUUUUUCAAGAAAAUUAAAUGAUUAUUUUAGACUAGUUUGCUAGUUUUAAGAAUUCUAGUUUUCCCCUACGGACAAAGAUAUUUUUCUUAAAAUAAGACAAUUUUGACUAGAUUUAUAGACUAUUAUGCUUAUUUUUAAGGGGGCUUUUUUGGCAGUGUGAAGUUUGGGAGAGGAACAUGGUCCAUUUGUUUGUUUCAUGAUGCUCCAGAUAGUCUCUAUCGUUGAAAGGGCUGGACUGCAAGCGGGCCAGUCCAGCUCCCGGACUCUUCUCUGUUGCGAUGGUGCAGUAUGUGGUUAAGCAUCGCCUUGCUGAACCGUGCAAGGCCUUCCCUGAGAGAUAUGCUGCCUGGAUGGGAGCACUGAUGGGUCUGAUGAGGCUUUCCAGAUGUGGACGCUGCCCAUGCCAUAGACACCAACGCACCUCUGUGCUAUCAGAGAUGCAGUUAUGAUAACAACCUGGAUGGACAUUGUCCUCUUUAGUCCUGGGGAUGCAGCGUUAGGACAGUUCUCCACCUCCUUAACUCUAAUUGCUCCACGGGCGCUGUAAAAAUUGCGGCCCACUGCCCCUAGUCUAACUCGAGGUGGGUUAAAAGCAG